AUGUCGGACGCAGCUCGUUGGAAAGCUACCGUUCACGUGGGCGGUUUGGCACCACAAGUGACCAACGCCAACGUGGUGGACGCUUUCAUCCCAUUCGGCGAAAUCGUCGACGUAAAGCUGCCAAAACCUGAUGCCCCCAAUUCAGGAGAAACUCACAAAGGGUUUGCGUAUGUUGAGUUUGAGGACAGCGCAGAUGCCAAAGAGGCUAUCGACAACAUGGACCAAGCGGAAUUAUUUGGCCGAACGCUGAAAGUCUCCCAGGCCAAAGCGCCCAAGAGUGCUCAAGAAGGUCUCGGUAGCAAGACUGCUGUGUGGGACCAGGAGGGCUGGUUGGCCGAGAACGCUGAAGGCGAAGCUGAACUACAAGCUCCAUCUGGCCCGGAUCCAAUGCAAGGCCUGGAGGAGUUAGAUGUGGCUGGACCAAAGCAGCAAUGA